AACUAAAGAACCACCGCUUUAUUUCUAUCAUUAAAUAAAGGCAACCCUUAAAUAAAUGCUUCAUCAUCAAAUCCCAACGGCCACUACAUACUCUAGAUACAUCUAUCUAUUAACUCCAUUUCCAAAACACAACAAAAGAUGCUUCUUCUCUCAUCAAAUUCCAUCACCUCCACUUUUCUCCUCUUUAUUUUCUUCUUCAAUUUCUCUUCAGUCUUCUCUACAUACACUGAAACAUGCUCCGGCAUAGUUCCAUUUCGACAGCGCGGCGAUACGGUUUCCAUAACCGAUUUCGGUGGCAUCGGCGACGGUAAAACGCUGAACACGAAGGCGUUUAGAGAAGCAAUUUACCGGAUUCGGCACUUAAAGAGACGCGGUGGAACGCUACUUUAUGUGCCUCCUGGUGUUUACUUAACGGAAAGCUUCAAUGUGACUAGUCAUAUGACUCUUUAUCUUGCUGCUGGUGCUGUUAUCAAAGCCACACAGAGGUAUUCAAAUUGGCCUUUAAUUGCACCCUUACCAUCUUAUGGAAGAGGAAGGGAGCUCCCUGGAGGAAGGUAUAUAAGUUUUAUCCACGGCGAUGGAGUUCGCGAUGUAAUAAUCACAGGUGAGAAUGGUACAAUUGAUGGGCAAGGAGAUGUGUGGUGGAACAUGUGGAGGCAAAGAACUCUUCAAUUUACAAGACCAAACCUCGUUGAAUUUAUCAAUUCUGAAAAUAUUAUUAUUUCAAAUGUCAUUUUCAAGAAUUCUCCCUUCUGGAAUAUACAUCCAGUUUACUGCAGCAAUGUUGUUGUUCGAUAUGUCACAAUUUUGGCGCCCCGUGACUCUCCUAACACCGAUGGAAUCGAUCCAGAUUCAAGCUCAAAUGUCUGCAUAGAGGACUCAUAUAUAUCAACAGGAGAUGAUCUUGUGGCAGUGAAAAGUGGAUGGGAUGAAUACGGUAUUUCAUACGGUCGCCCUAGCUACGGUAUCACCAUCCGGCGUCUAACCGGGUCAUCUCCAUUUGCCGGCAUUGCAAUAGGCAGUGAAACAUCAGGUGGAGUAGAGAACAUACUUGCUGAGCACAUUAACCUCUUCAACAUGGGAGUUGGUAUCCACAUCAAAACAAACAUUGGAAGAGGAGGAUUUAUCAAGAACAUAACAGUGUCUAAUGUUUAUAUUGAAAAUGCUAGACAAGGAAUAAAAAUUGCUGGUGAUGUAGGGGAUCACCCAGAUGAAAAUUUUGAUCCUAAUGCUCUACCAGUUGUGAAGGGAAUCACAGUUAAGAAUGUUUGGGGUGUGAAGGUUUUGCAAGCUGGUUUGAUACAUGGGUUAAGAGAUUCACCUUUUACUGAGAUUUGUUUCUAUGAUAUUAAUUUUCAUGGUGUGACAGGUCCUAGAUCUCCUCCUUGGAAGUGUUCUGAUGUGUUUGGAUUUUCUCAUCAGGUUAGUCCAUGGCCAUGUUCUCAGUUGAGUAGUCAACAGCCUGGAUCAUGUACCAAUUACUCCUGAGCCCUGAAAUCAGAGUUACUUUUUGACUCUCUUCAAGUAUUGUAGUAAUUAAAUGCUUAUUUUAUUUAUUUAUUAUAAUGAAAGCCAGUGAAUCAGCACCCUUUUGAACUAUAUGAUGUGAUGUGGAAAUAUAAUUAGUCAUAUACAUGUUAAGAAUUAUCUCAUGAACACAUGGAUUAAUUGUAAGAUCCAAAUGGUUAA